AUGCGCGACUUGAAGAAGCUUGGGACUCUACAACAUGACAAACGUCCUGCAGACUGUCAGACCAAAGGUCAAUCUAAAAGGUUAAGGUCUGCAACAACAUCUGCAUCCGCUGAUCCUAAGACGCUGUUGCUGGAUGGGAAGCGCAUCGUUUUGAUCUCACUUGGACCCGAUAUGGGUCGCAAACGUUUGGAAAUUUUGCGAGGCAUGAUUUACAAAUUAGGUGGAAGUGUGGUGGAAUCGCAAGUGAAGACAGGUGCAAGAUCAGGUGGGGCGACGACAGUGAAUUGGAAAGAUGUUGACAUAAUUAUUGUGAGUGCUCAACUCAAGCAUGACAAGGCAGCAAAAUUCUUGCACAUUGAAACGUUUCCUCCACCCAACAUUGAGGUCUACACACCCGAUUGGCUCGUGUACUUGUUGCAAAAGAAAAAGCUUCCAACUUCAGGAUUGUUGCUGACAUGGGCGGAGCAGCAGCAAGUUCAAGACGAAGUGGCAAAACACGAACAGCAUUGUGCUGAAGUAGCAAAGCAGCUGGAAGAAAAACGAGCUCAGAAAGGCAAAACUGACGAGAGUGACAGUGACGAAGAUUCAAAUUCGGGAAACUCGGAAACUCAAGAAAGUGUGCGUGUAUCUUCAGUGACAUUUAACAAUCAAGAUUUGUGUAUGCAGCAAGUUGCAUUAUUUGAGAAGAACAAGCGACUAGUUGAGGAACGAAUACCUGUGUUUUACAAGAACAACCCAGGCUUUCGUCCGAUAAACGAGGGAGCAACACCAAGUUCCAAAAAGAUCACAGGUGAAGGCUUUAUUUGCCAACGGUCGUCAGCGUUUCAUCAAAACUUCAAUGCUCAUUUGACGGACCCAUUGGAGGAGAUGAUGGAGUAUCUCGAUGUCGAACAGGAUGUGUGGCGGCAGUAUAUGUACAAAAAAGUUGUAUCUAGCUUGAAAGCUACGCGCUAUCGUGUUUGCAGUGUGAAAGAUUUUAUGGCCAUGCAGUGGGCAAACGGCCGUCUACGAGAUAAAGUUAUCGAAAUCCUGGAGACAGGUCGACUGGCUAAGCUUGAUGCAAAGAAGAACAACUCCCGACUACGUGCCUUGGUUGAAAUUGCUCGAAUCUGGGGAGUUGGUCCAGUUACAGCAGCAAAGUUUUAUAACAUGGGGUAUAAGUCAGUAGCAGAUUUAAGAAAGCCUGAAGCUACGGGAAUUUUGACAGUACAGCAAAAGAUUGGAGUGAAGCAUUACGAAGAUUUUAUGACCAGGAUUCCCAGAGCUGAAGUGCAGCAGAUAGAACAAAUUGUCGUGGAUGAAGUCCACAAGAUGAUACCUAACGCUAUUGCACUGGCUUGCGGCUCGUAUCGUCGAGGGAGGCUUGCUUCUGGUGAUUGCGACAUUCUUGUCACCGAUCCGGAUGCUAACUCAUGCAAUAUUUUACCGGAACUACUGAAGCGUCUCCAUGCAUCGAAUUUUUUGACUGAUGAUCUGACGCACUUUCGCAAGCAAAAACACGGCGGUUGCGACACCUACAUGGGUGUCUGCCGCGUCUCCAAGGAUCUCCCAUAUCGUCGGCUUGACAUCAAAGUUUACCCUCGACAUUUCUUCGGCUACGCGAUGGUAUAUUUUACUGGAAGUGAUCACUUCAAUCGAAGUAUGCGGCUUUUUGCUAACAAAAAUGGCUGGAGUCUCUCGGAUCGUUCACUCACUCGGGUGAUGCGAGCGAAUGGAACCACAGUGCGGCUUGGUGAUAGCGUCAUCUGCGAAUCUGAAGUGGACGUGUUCAUUGCGCUGGGACUUGAAUACAAAGAUCCGACCGAACGCAAUUGCUACGACAUCAAGUUUCUUGACGAAGACGAAGCGAAUGCCAAACAGAAGUCAAAAGAUAUUCAAUCUACAUAG